AACAUGAGGGGAUUGGACUGGAUGCCUUAUGGCUUAGCCCUGUGCUAGGAAGACGGAGAAGGAGGAAGGAAAAGGAGCGCAGAGCCAGUGACACCGACAGGCGAUCCUGGGAAGCCAGGUCCCUUCCCUGAGCCUCAGCAUCCUCAUCUGCAAAAUGGAAAUUGCUAAUAGACUAAAAGGCAGUUCUGAAAGAUGGAUGAGAAAGGAAUAUAAUGACUCAGGGUAGAGCCUGCAAAACAGUGUGGGAUGAGAAGAUGCAGGGACUGGUUUCAUAGAGAGAGCAGGGUUUUAGGACUGGGGGAGGGUGCCAGGACUACAAACUGACUGCUUUGGGAGAUCCCAGAGGGAGCAUUCUGAAGUCCUGCAUAAGAGAUGCUGUGCUGUGAGGGGUGAGGGGUCGCUGGAGGCCAGACCAGGGCUCCCAGGAGUCCUGCAUUGAGAAGGGAGAGAGUGGACACAGGAAGGCUGCGCCUCUGUCCAGUCCUGAGGCUGGGCGCGCACACCAGGCCCUUCGAAAAGCUCACAUUUUUUCCAGCUUUUCUCACCCAGUAUCACUUCCUUUGUUAAGAGGAGGGGGUGGGGGAGGAGACGGAGGAUGAGGAGGGAGGGGCCCGCGGGUGCCGCCGCCGCCCCCGCCCCCUCCCGGUGUGCGGAGCCCGAUUGUCACUCAGCUCCCGCGCCGGGGGCGACAGAGCCGCCGGCGCCCGAGUCGAGUCCUGGCGAGCUACCAUCCCUCUGGACCUUACAGGCCGGCCUUGGCUUCCCCAGGAAUCCCUGGAGCGAGCGGCUGCUGAAGGCGUCAAGGUGUGGGGGCACUGGGACAGAACAGCUCAGGUAGCCGGGAACUCUGCUAGCUUUGGUGACCUUGGGUGCUUGCCUCGUGCCCCUUGGUGCCCGUCUGCUGAUGUGCCCAGCCUGUGCCCGCCAUGCCGCCCUCCAUCUCAGCCUUCCAGGCCGCCUACAUCGGCAUCGAGGUGCUCAUCGCCCUGGUCUCUGUGCCUGGGAACGUGCUGGUGAUCUGGGCGGUGAAGGUGAACCAGGCGCUGCGGGAUGCCACCUUCUGCUUCAUCGUGUCGCUGGCAGUGGCUGAUGUGGCCGUGGGUGCCCUGGUCAUUCCCCUCGCCAUCCUCAUCAACAUUGGGCCACAGACCUACUUCCAUACCUGCCUCAUGGUUGCCUGUCCGGUCCUCAUCCUCACCCAGAGCUCCAUCCUGGCCCUGCUGGCAAUUGCCGUGGACCGCUACCUCCGGGUCAAGAUCCCUCUCCGAUACAAGAUGGUGGUGACCCCCCGGAGGGCGGCGGUGGCCAUCGCCGGCUGCUGGAUCCUCUCCUUGGUGGUGGGGCUGACCCCUAUGUUUGGCUGGAACAAUCUGAGCGCAGUGGAGCGGGCCUGGGCAGCCAAUGGCAGCAUGGGGGAGCCCGUGAUCAAGUGCGAGUUCGAGAAGGUCAUCAGCAUGGAGUACAUGGUCUACUUCAACUUCUUUGUGUGGGUGCUGCCCCCGCUUCUCCUCAUGGUCCUCAUCUACCUGGAGGUCUUCUACCUAAUCCGCAAGCAGCUCAACAAGAAGGUAUCGGCCUCCUCUGGUGACCCACAAAAGUACUAUGGGAAGGAGCUGAAGAUCGCCAAGUCGCUGGCCCUCAUCCUCUUCCUCUUUGCUCUCAGCUGGCUGCCUUUGCACAUCCUCAACUGCAUCACCCUCUUCUGCCCAUCCUGCCACAAACCCAGCAUCCUCACCUACAUUGCCAUCUUCCUCACGCACGGCAACUCGGCCAUGAACCCUAUCGUCUACGCCUUCCGCAUCCAGAAGUUCCGCGUCACCUUCCUUAAGAUUUGGAAUGACCAUUUCCGCUGCCAGCCCGCACCCCCCAUUGAUGAGGAUCUCCCAGAAGAGAGGCCUGAUGACUAGACCCCGCCUUCUGCUCCCACUAGCCCACAUCCAGUGGGGUCGCAGUCCAGUCCUCACUUGCUCACUGUCCUGGGGGUCUCCCUGAGCCUGCCCCAGCUGGGCUGUGGGCCAGGGGCACGGGGGAGGCUCUGAAGAGAUACCCACAGAGUGUGGUCCCUCCACUAGGAGUUAACUACCCUAUACUCCUGGGCCCUGCAGGAGGCUUGGGAGGGCAAGGAUCCUACAGAGGGACCGGGUGUCCAGAGGCAAGAGUGUCCUGAGCCUCCACCUGCCUGACCAUCCCAUGAGCAGUCCAGCGCUUCAGGGCUGGGCAGGUCCUGGGGAGGCCAAGACUGCAGAGGAGCCACCUGGGCUGGGAGAAGGUGCUUGGGCUUCUGCAGUGAGGCAGGGGAGUCUGCUUGUCUUAGAUGUUGGUGGUGCAGCCCCACCAACCAAGCUUAAGGAGAGGAGAGCAUCCCCUCUGAGACGGAUGGAAGGAGAGAGGUCGAGGACGCACUGGCCUGGCUGUCUCUCCUGUUCUGUAGGAGAGGGUGGCCAGAGGCAGCUAAGGGGCAGGAAUCAAGGAGCCUCCAUUCCCACCUCUGAGGACUGGGGCCCAGGCCAUACCAGGUGCUAGGGUGCCUGCUCUCCUUGCCCUGGGUCAGCCCAGGAUUGUACGUGGGAGAGGCAGAAAGGGUAGGUUCAGAAAUCAUUUCUGAUAUUUGCUGGAGUGCUGGCUGCAUGCCCUGGGGAGUGAGCUUGGUGGGGUAGGUGCUGGCUUCAAACAGCCAUGAGGUGGCAGCUCUGAGCCCUCCUUCUUGCCCUGAGUUUUCCAGGGAGGAGCCUGGAGUGUAAUUACCUGUCAUCUGGGCCACCAGCUCCACUGGCCUGCCCAAUGCUGGGCCUGAACUGUCUUAGGUGACCCCAUCUCUGCUGCUUCUGGACCUAAUGGAGAGGAGAACCCUAGACAUUCUGCCUGCCUGGGGACGGGGUGGACGAAGGAAAGGGUCUGUAAGGACUCAGUGUUGACUGUGGGCCCCCCUGGGGUGGGUUUAGCAGGCUGCAGCAGGCAGAGGAGAGCACCCCCCCGAGAGUGUGUGGGAGGGCUUGCUGUCAUGUGAAUCCCUCAAUACCCCUAGUAUUUGGCUGGGUUUUCAGGGACUUUGGGAGCUCUAUUGCAGGUGUCUGGGGGUCUAGGACUUCAGGGAUCUGGGGAAGGACCAACCCAUGCCCUGCCAAGCCUGGAGCCCCUGUGGAGCGGGGGCGAGGCAGGGGAACCUGGAGCCCCCGUGGAGGGGGCGUAAGGCGGGGGAGUCUGGAGCCCCCGUGUGGGGGGGGGGGGUGAGGCGGGGGAGGGGAGGUGGUCAUUGAGUUGACCUUCUGAACAUGAGUGUCAACUCCAGGCCUUGCUUCCAGGCCCUUCCCUCUGUUGGAAAUGGGGUGCCCUGGCUCCCAAGGGAGGCCCAUGUGACUAAUAAAAAACUGUGAACCC